AUGCUGUGGAGAAGGACCGUUGCUCCAUGUGUUGAAGCUGUGGUCUCUCUGCAGAGAUUGGAAGACUCGGUCACACACAUCCGCAUACAGAACACCGGCGAUUACUACGACUUGUAUGGCGGUGAACAGUUCGCCACGUUGUCUGAGCUGGUGGAAUAUUACACAGGACAGCACGAGUGUCUACAGGAUACUGACGGAACCUCCAUCCCGCUGAAAUACCCGCUGAACUGCGCCGACCCCACCAACGAGCGCUGGUACCACGGCUAUCUCUCAGGACCCGAUGCGGAGAAGCUACUCCAGGAGAAGGGAGAACCAUGGACCUUCCUGGUCCGAGAGAGCCGCAGUAAACCUGGAGAUUUCGUCAUCUCCGUCCUCACAGCCGACAUGAAGGACGGAAAGCCUCGAGUGACUCACAUCAAGAUCAUGUGCGAGGGUGAGAGAUAUACUUUGGGGGAUACAAAACAUGACACGCUCACAGACCUGAUUGAGAUGUACAAAAAGAAGCCCAUAGAAGAGUUAUCUGGGACCCGUGUCUACCUCCAGAAGCCAUAUUACUCCACCAGAGUCAAUGCUGCUGAAAUCGAGAGCCGCAUGAAAGAAUUAGACAAGAAGUCAGAAAAGGAGGAGGCAGCCAAAGCCGGAUUCUGGGAGGAGUUUGAUGCUCUCCAGAAACAGGAAUCUAACUUACUCUAUGAGAGAAAAGAAGGCCAGAAACCAGAAAACAAGAGCAAAAACCGCUACAAGAAUAUCCUUCCAUUUGACCACACAAGGGUUGUGUUAAGUUACAGAGACCAAAAUCUUCCUGGUAAUGAUUACAUCAAUGCCAACUAUGUGUCGAACCUGCUAUGGGGAGAUUUGGAACCUCUCAAACAAUUUAUUGCAUGUCAAGGAUGCCUGGCAUCAACUACAGGAGAUUUCUGGGAGAUGGUGUGGCAGGAGAACAGUCGGAUUAUUGUGAUGACCACUAAGGAGAUUGAGAAGGGCCGGACUAAAUGCAUACCAUACUGGCCAGAUGUAGACACAGGAGGAAAAGACUUUGGACGUUUCUGGGUGGAGUUGGUGUCAGACCGUGAAGCCAUGGAGUAUAAAGUUCGCACGUUAAAUGUGUCACUUUUAGAAGAUCGCAGCAAGUCCAGGGAGAUUGUCCACUAUCAGUACCUGAACUGGCCAGAUCAUGGAGUUCCAUCUGAUCCAGGUGGUGUCCUGAGUUUCCUUGGAGAGGUCAACCGAAUGCAGGAGAGCAUACCAGGAGCUGGGCCUAUUGUUGUGCACUGCAGUGCUGGGAUUGGCCGCACUGGGACCAUUAUCGUCAUCGACAUGUUGGUGGACAUCAUUCAAACAAAAGGUCUAGACUGCGACAUAGAUGUGCAGAAAACCAUUCAGAUGGUACGAUCCCAGCGCUCAGGAAUGGUCCAGACAGAAGCUCAAUAUAGGUUUAUCUAUUCCUCCAUUGCACAUUACAUGGACUCAGCAAAGUACAAACUUAAAGCGUUAGAGAGAACAAAGGUUGCAGAGUCAGAAUACGGAAACCUUGCGCCUUCCAUGUCCAAGCUAAAAGUAACCCGGAGUCCAUCAAAGCCUAAAGAUGAGGGAACCCUCUAUGAGAAUCUGAAUGCCAGGAAAGAUAAAAAAGAAAAAGUCAACAAGAAAACAUCAUCAUCAGAGCGAGAAAAGCCCCGAAACUCAGUGAAGAAAAAGUAACGCAGAGAUCUUCAGCGUGCCGCCAGUUCCUGGGCGUAACCAGUACAGUAUUCCGGCAGCUUGAACCACACAUUGUCCACACGUGUGCUCCCCUUUUGUAUGUACCUUCUGUUCAACCUUUUGCUGCCUACCCCUCCACGUAUGUCACUUCCCAACCUGACCUGGAAAAUGUUUACUUGAAUGAUGAUAUGAAAUUGAUAAUUUAAUAAAGUG